GUCUUCAUCAUUGAACUUCCUCGUGGGUGCUAGUUUCCUCUUUCAAACAAUUUUCUCAAACGCGGUUUCUUGAUUGAUUUUCUCGUUGCCCAAGUCGUCUAUAUUGAACCAACCCACCUCUCUCCAUCGCGCCCUUAAAUUCUACGAUUCGGUUUUGAUUUUGCAGUUUCUUAGAUUUUGGGUUUGUGGAAUUGUUCUGUUCCCUUCGUUCUCUGAACUCUCAAGGAAAAAAACUGUCACCAAUUUUUUGCAUUCUAAACCCUUGGGAAAAUGUUUGGUUCAAGGAAGGCUCAUUUGAGGAUAGGGAAACAUAGUUCUACCCCGAACCCUUUUGAGUCUGACGAUGGUGUUAAAGCUAAGCAAAACCAGGUUUCUGCACAAAGGACUUCGUCAGACCCUUCAUUAGUGACGGAGAAUUUUGGCUCCAAUCCUUUUGAUGAUCAUCAUGGACAGGCUCCCUCUUCUUCAGGUUCACUAACUUGGUCAGAAAGGAACAAGUACAAGAAUGAUUUCCGUGACUCGGGAGGAAUAGAAAACCAAUCAGUGCAGGAGCUGGAGAAUUAUGCUGUUUAUAAGUCUGAGGAGACAACAAAAGCAGUGAAUGGCUGUCUAAAGAUUGCUGAAGAGAUAAGGGAUGAUGCUACCCAAACUUUGGUUGCCUUGCAUCAGCAGGGUGAGCAAAUUAACAGGACUCAUAUGGUUGCUGCUGACAUUGAUUAUGACCUCAGUCGGGGAGAGAAACUGCUGGGAAAUCUAGGGGGAAUGUUCUCCAAGACAUGGAAGCCAAAGAAAACUCGACCAAUAUCAGGACCUGUUAUAAGCUCAGAGGAUUUAGUUAGAAGAAAGGGCAACCACAUGGAGCAGAAGGAAAAGUUAGGAUUGACACGUCAUAAGGACCGGACCAAUACAAAAGCUGCAUAUGCCGAACCUACCAGUGCAAUUCAAAAAGUUGAGGUAGAAAAGGUGAAGCAAGAUGAUGCACUAUCUGACAUGAGCGAUAUCUUGGUAGAGCUGAAGGAAAUGGCUGUUGACAUGGGUUGUGAAAUUGAUAGGCAGAACCAUGCUCUGGAUCACGCUUCUGUUGAUGUUGAGGUGAUCGGUGACCGAGUUAAAGAUGCUAACCGACGGGGUCGUCGUCUGCUCGGGAAAUAGAGUUCAAGGCCCUCACAUUUGUGAUUAGCUUGCUGAUAGUUAUGUACAUCUUCCAUUUUCCUGGCUUUGUUUUCUUUUUACUUUCAGAAAUAGGUAUUAUACACCAUGUCCUAGCUGACGUUGUCUGUUUGAGAUCACUAGUUACUUGACUAGGACUAGAAGGUAACUGCACUGAUUUUAUCAUUCUUAGUUCAUCUUGAGCAGUGUAUACAAACAACCACAUUCGAACAAUUUCAUUUCAAUAAAUUAGAAACGUGCAUUUUCGAACA